AUGGACAAAAACAAUCCGGUUCUCAACUCAGCAUUGCAGAACCCUAGUAAACUUACAACGAAACCUACGUAUUUCGUCGCUUUCCUAUUGAAGCCAAGAAAAUCCAACGGAAUGACGGCCGGCGGGCACACGCCGCGCUUCCGACGUUCCGACACCACUUUCGCUUACGUUCGACACCACUCGGAUAACUUCGCAAUACAGCUGACUGGGCCAAGGUGCGAGCGAGAACGCGCGCUAAUAUUAACGCUCACGCUAGAAAAGGACCGCAGAGCCGCGCACCGUCUAGCGCCGCCAUUUAUUUCUUUCUAG